AUGGCAUCCUCUGACAAGCGCAAGGCGGAGGAGGGGUUGGCAGAGCCCUCCGAGACUGCCAAGCGUCCUCGUGUGGACGAGACUGAAGCCGAUGCACCCGCCAAGCUGUCCUUGAAGCUGGAGAUCCUGGAGCGGGCUAAGAGGACCCUGCAGCAGAAGAAGGAGUUUCUGGCUGCAGCCAAGAAGGCACAGGCCGCUGCCGCCGCCGCGGCGAGCACCCCAGCGCCGCGCCAAGAGCAAGCACCUGCAGUUGCGGAGCCAGGAGCUGGCAGGAGCCAGAAGCCGGCUGUGGGUACCGCGGAGGAGGAGGCGCCCGCCGAUGAGGGCGCCUUCUUUGACCCCGAGAUCGGGCACCGUGGCGGUCGGCGCAUGGACCAGCGUCGCCGGGGCGGACUCCAGUUUGUCGAGGAGGGCAAGUUUCAGAAACAGGCCGAGAUCUCCAGGCUCCGGCGCCCCCCCCGGGAGGCCUCGCCCGCCCCGGCUCCGGUGCCCGCUGUGGAGUGGUGGGACGCGCGGCUGCUGACGGACAAGACCAGCUACGGCGCGGCCGCAGAGGGCGAGCCGUCCAUCCGCGAGGAGCGGAUCACGCACCUGAUCGAGCACCCGGUGCUGAUCGACCCGCCCGGCGAGGCCCCAUUGCCGCCGCCCCAGCCCCUCAUGCUCACCAAGAAGGAGAAGAAGAAGAUGCGGACGCAGAACCGGCAGGCGCGCGAGAAGGAGAAGCAGGAGCUGAUCCGUCAGGGCCUGCUGGAGCCGCCGCCGCCCAAGGUGAAGAUCAGCAACCUGUCGCGCGUGCUGGGGGAGGAGGCGGCGGCCGACCCCACCGCCAUCGAGACGGAGGUGCGACGCCAGAUGGGCGAGCGCGCCGCCGCGCACGAGGACCGCAACCUGGCGCGGAAGCUGACGCCGGCCGAGGCGCGGGAGAAGAAGCUGCGCAAGCUGCUGGGAGACCCGGAGGCCGACCCCACCACCUCCGUCUCGCUUUACAAGGUGGGCAGCCUGGCCCGGCCCCAGCUGAAGUUCAAGGUCAGCCUGAACGCGCAGGAGAACCACAUGACGGGCGUGGGUCUGGCUGUGGAGGGCGAGUUCACGCUGGUGGUCGUGGAGGGGCCGCCCAAGGCGCAGCGAAGGUAUGUGAAUGAUUCGGGCACCGUGCUGAAGCCGUCCUUUCGGAAGUUCAGGGUUGAGACGCUGCGGAAUGCUGCUGCAGCAAAGGCCUUCCUGGGGCAGUACAACCUCUCACACUACUGGGACCUGGCUGAGGCAUCCGUGCCAGAGUAG